AUGUCGGAUCGGACCAAGGUCGUGGUUCGCCACUUGCCUCCCACCAUCACCGAAGCUUCUCUUUUGCCCCUAAUUGAUUCCGCCUUUGCUGGUCGCUACAACUGGCUCUCUUUCCGUCCUGCCAAAAUCAGCACCAAGCAUACCUCAUAUUGUAGAGCUUACAUUGACUUCAAGAAGCCUGAGGAUGUUAUAGAGUUUGCUGAAUUCUUCAAUGGACACGUCUUUGUCAACGAAAAGGGAACACAGUUCAAAGUCACUGUUGAAUAUGCUCCUUCACAGCGUGUCCCAAAGCAGUGGUCUAAAAAGGAUGGUCGUGAUGGAACCAUAUAUAAAGAUCCCGAGUAUCUGGAAUUUCUAGAACAACUUGCCAAGCCCGCUGAGAAUCUCCCUAGUGCUGAGAUACAAUUGGAGAAAAGGGAGGCAGAACGAUCUGGUACUGGGAAAGAUAUUCCUAUAGUUACACCACUGAUGGACUUCGUGCGCCAGAAAAGAGCUUCCAAGGGACCACGGAGAUCACUGUCUAAUGGAAAAGUGAGCAGAAGAACUGGCACACCAUCAAAUGGAUCCUCUAGUUCUGCCCCAACAAGACGUGGUUAUGCAAAAAAGAGAGUUUCCACCACAAUGUAUGUUGCAAGGGACCCAGGGAAAACUUCUAAUGUAAAAGACAAAUCAAAUUAUAUUUUGGUUCCCAGGCACGGUGAUCAAAAUCUUUCAAAUAAAUCUUCAAAUAUAGCUUCUUCAGAUGGAAACCAAACUUUUGAUGAGAAUGGAAUUGCUGGAAGUAAUGAUGCUGGAAAAAAGAAAGUUUUGCUUCUUAAAGGGAAAGAAAGAGAAGUAUCUGAUUCAGAUAGCAUGUUGCAGCAUCAUAACAUAGCAUCUUCAACUAAAACAAUUCUUAGUUCUACCGCUCUGAAACAGAAUCAGCGGCAUGAAGGUAGUAGUGGUAGGAUUAUCAAAAGCAUACUCACAAACAAAGAUCUGCGACAAAGUCAGUCUUCCAGAGCCCAUUAUGAGCGGCAGAUCCAAACAUCAAAUCUAGAAAAAGAAAAACAGCCUGCUCGCCCCGUACAUGUGCAAUUGAUUUUGAAGGGCACUGAUGGUGCGCCAGAGAAUAGAAUUACCGUGCAUGGUCUACAUGUUUCUAGUGAGAGACAGGAGAGGCGUUAUAGACAUAGGGAUAGACCUGACCGUGGUGUUUGGACAAGUCGUUCCAAUGUAGGUGAUGAAUCUUUGUCCUCCUCAGCCUCUUCACUAGUAGAUCCUUUGGAAGGAGGUCAUGCAGAUUUUAAACAUGACACACCAAGUGCAAGAAGUGGAGAGCUAAAAUCUCUUGGAAAUCUCCGUGCCAGUCAUUCAUCAGAGAAUGGUUUCACUAGGCAUUUUGGUCGCCGUGGACCAAUACAUGGGGUGAAGGAUGUUGAUGGCUAUUCGAUUAGUGAGGGGAAGCAUCCUAGAAAACCUAGUAACUCGGCAUAUGGUUCCAACGAGAAACAAGUUUGGGUCCAAAAAGCAAGUUCUGGGACUUAG